GAUCUUGUACCAUGGGCCACAGGCUUGAGAAAUAGCGAGUUGUGACAACAUAAGAAAAGAGUGGUAAAGCAUGUUACUAGGUACAUGAAUUUGUCUUAUUAGGUAAGUCCCUCCUUGUAUGAAUCGAUUCCUUGCACAAGGUACCCCGAAGAAAUGGUUGUGUGAAGCAUCAAGACUUUUUUUGCAGUAGUAAUUCAGGUAGACGAUGUAACGAACAUGGGCCGGUUUUAUAUAAUUUUCUAAAGAAAUAAACCUCAUAUGAAGUUACAUAUAUAAAUAAAUUCAACGUCCAACCCAAACAAUUAGAUCUGUCCUUCACAGUUGACACCAUGGAAGUCCAGUCUUCCUUGGCACUCAUCACCUUCUUCCUCUCACUCAUAGUGCUUUGGCUUGCAAAAAACUACAAGCAAAAGGGUCUCCAUAAACUACCACCAGGACCAUGGAAGCUACCUAUCAUAGGGAACAUGCAUCAGCUAGCAGCAGCAAGUUCACUUCCUCAUCGUGCUCUCAGUGAACUAGCUCUAAAAUAUGGACCCUUGAUGCACCUACAACUAGGUGAGAUUUCUGCAGUGAUUGUAUCAUCCCCCAACAUGGCCAUGGAAAUAUUGAAAACGCAUGAUCUUGCUUUUGCUCAGAGGCCAAAAUUUCUAUCUUCUGAUAUUAUGGCCUAUGGAUCAGCAGACAUUGCUUUUGCUCCAUAUGGUGAUUACUGGAGACAAAUGAGGAAAAUAUGCAUGUUGGAGCUUCUAAGUGCAAAGAAGGUUCAGUCCUUCUCCCAAAAUAGAGAAGAAGAGGUAAAUAAACUCGUAGAAACAAUUCACUCAUCUGCGGGUGCACCAAUCGACCUCACCAGCAUGAUUAACUUUUUCAUUAGUAACUUUGUUUCUAGAGCAGUGUUUGGUAACCUAACUGAAGAUCGUGAAGAAUUUUUGUUGCUUGUAAAGAAAGCAAUAGAAGUGGCAGAUGGCUUUGAUCUUGCGGAUAUGUUUCCUUCCUUCAAGCCUAUACAUCUCAUAACGGGGUUGAAAGCAAAAUUGGAUGAGAUGCAUGAGAAGAUUGACAAGAUCUUAGACAAGAUCAUAAAGGAGAAUCAAGAAAAGCGUACUAGAGCAAAAGAAGGCACGGGAGAUGAAAAGAACGAAAAUCUCGUUGAGGUUCUUUUACGAGUCCAACAGAGUAGCAAUCUUGAUACCCCAAUUACAACCAACAAUAUCAAAGCUGUGAUUUGGGACAUAUUUGCUGCUGGAACGGAUACUUCAGGAAAAGUAAUAGAGUGGGCAAUGUCAGAAAUGAUGAGAAACCCAAGAGUGAGAGAGAAGGCACAAGCUGAGAUUAGAGAGAAGUUGAGAGGAAAGGAAAGAAUCGAUGAGAGGAACCUGGGAGAGCUUAGGUACCUAAAGGCAGUAAUAAGAGAAAGCAUGAGAUUGCACCCUCCUCUUCCUUUGUUGCUUCCAAGAGAAUGCAUGGAAGCAUGCAAGAUAAAUGGAUAUGAUUUUCCAAGGAAGACUAAAGUGAUAGUGAAUGUAUGGGCAAUUGGAAGAGAUGUUGAGCACUGGCAUGAUGCAGAGAGGUUUAUCCCAGAAAGGUUUUAUGGGACAUGUGUUGAUUUCAAAGGAACAGACUUCGAGUACAUUCCUUUUGGGGCAGGAAGGAGAAUGUGUCCGGGCAUUUCAUUUGGCAUAGCCAGCGUUGAGUUGGCUCUAGCCAACUUACUCUAUCACUUCAACUGGCAACUCCCUCAAGGAAUCAAACCACACCAGUUUGACAUGGAUGAAGGAUUUGGAGCUGUCGUUGGAAGGAAAAACAACCUUCGAUUCAUUCCUAUUCCUUAUAAUCCUUCAAUUCAUCACCAUAAUGCCAAAUGACCCACACCAUCAUUUCAUCUUUUUCUUCCUCAAAUUACUCUACAAUAAAUUAGAGUUAAUAAAACUAUCAUAAAUUGUUACUUUUGUUGCCGUUUGAAAUCUCUACAACUUUCAAAUAGACAAGUCUGUAUAUAAAUGCAUUCAAAUAAACAUGCGUGUGGAGUAGGCAAACACCAAAAUAAACAUGCACUAAA